AUGCCCACGGAGAGCCUACAGACAGGUAGCAUGGUGAAGCCGGUCAGCCCCGCCGGCACCUUCACGUCGGCCGUGCCCCUGCGCAUCCUCAACAAGGGGCCCGACUACUUUCGCCGCCAGGCGGAGCCCAACCCCAAGAGACUCAGCGCCGUGGAGCGGCUGGAGGCCGACAAGGCCAAGUACGUCAAGAGCCAGGAGGUCAUCAACGCCAAGCAGGAGCCCGUGAAGCCGGCGGUGCUGGCCAAGCCCCCCGUGUGCCCGGCCGCCAAGCGCGCGCUCGGCAGCCCCACGCUCAAGGGCUUCGGCGGCGGCGGCGGCGGCGGCGCCAAGAGCGAGGGGGGCGCGCCUCGCGAGACCCUGAAGCUGGAGAUCCUCAAGAACAUCCUCAACAGCUCCGAAGGCUCCACCGCGGGCUCGGGCCACAAGCACAGCGCGCGGAACUGGCCGGCGCCCCGGGCCGACGCGGCCGAGCUGCACCGGCACUCAUUCGCCGAGUCGCUGCGCGCGCGCCCAGCGCCGGGCCGGGGCAGCCCCCAGGAGGGCGGCUCGCACGUGGGCCGCCGGCCGCCCGAGCCCACCUCUUCCGCCGCUGCCGCCGCCGCCGACGCCUUUCUGCACGUGUCCCACAGCUCCUCGGACAUCCGCCAGGGGCCCGGCGCCAGGCCCUUGAAGGCCAUCCUCCCCUGCAGCAGUUCCGCCCCGCCGCUGCCCCCCAAGCCCAAGGUGGCCGCCCCGGCCGCAGUGAAGUCCCCCGAGGCCGAGGCGGCCGAGCCAGCCGGCGGGGUGGGCAGGAGACCCUCGCUGCAGCGCUCCAAGUCGGACCUGAGCGACAGGUAUUUCCGCGUGGACGCCGACGUGGAGCGCUUCUUCAACUACUGCGGACUGGAUCCAGAGGAGCUGGAGAACCUGGGCAUGGAGAACUUCGCGCGGGCCAACUCGGACAUCAUCUCGCUCAACUUCCGCAGCGCCAGCAUGAUCAGCUCGGACUGCGAACAGUCUCAGGACAGUAACAGUGACCUUAGGAACGAUGACAGUGCCAAUGACCGGGUGCCCUACGGCAUCUCCGCCAUCGAGAGGAACGCGCGCAUCAUCAAGUGGCUAUACAGCAUCAAGCAGGCCAGGGAGUCGCAGAAGGUGUCCCACGUGUAA